AUGGAAGAAUUAUUCAAGGAAGAGCAAGAAACAGAGGUCAGUGUUUCUGGAUGUCCAGGACCAGAAAUAACGCUCAGUGAACCGCUUCUGCAAGCGGGCGGUCAUGGAACGUGUAUCACUCAGUGCCGAUCAGCGAAGAUCACGACCUCCAAGACAAUUCCCAUGCAAGUGGACGGAGAGGCAUGUAAAUUAGGGCCAUCUAUCAUUACUCUAAGUCACUUGAACAAAGCUCCUAUGUUAGCGAAAAGAAAAUUUGGUAAGCCGGUACCGAUCCAAACUGCUUUGGACAAUCUUAAUGUUGGCGUUAACAAGCUGACGAUGUCAGACUAUGAACAACAUCAUUAUGAUAAAGAUCUUCUAGCUCAAGCAGCAAUAAAUAUAGGUAAAAUAGAAGUUAGUCCGGGGUCUGAUCUGGAACAAGUCAGGGCGAUGAUCAAUACUAUGUUAGAGGAGAAUAAAGACAAGCAGAUGAUGUGCUCUGACUGGUGCUUUAUCGAUUCUUGUACAGCUGAACGAUUUUUCCGAAUCGACAAAGCACAGGAAAGUCUUCAUUAUGUCGUUGACAUUUGUAGUGAGAAUCUGUAUAUACUCGAAUGUGGUGACGAAACGGUCCCUCCCACUCCCGAAGAUGAGACUGCCAAUCCAUCGCCGACGUCUAACCAUCAGACUUCAUAUAACAUUCCAGAAAUGCGUAUAAGUAAAGAGGAUGAUCUCGAUUCUCCGAGCGACCAUCCUCCGCUUUCCCCCAGGAACGUGGACUCCCAGGAGGAGUUCACCACCAGCCCCGACGAAGGCAUCCCCAUAGACAAUCAGCAAUUGGCGCGUGUCUCGUCAGACGCCAGUAUGAAAAUUAGAAGGUACAUUAAUAUAGUUUUAGCUCUCACACACUUGUACACUAAACCCUUGAUUGAGGUUGGAUGA